AUGAUUUCGGAAGCAAAGUCUGCAGAAACGAAAGCAAAGAGGACAAGCCAUUCGAAGGUUCGCUCGGGCUGCCAAACGUGCAAAAUUCGCCGCAAAAAGUGCGAUGAAACUCACCCCUCGUGUCUCAGGUGCACAGAUGCGGGACAAGUAUGCGAAUACGUGGAGGCCCCCGACCGGCUUAAACGCGGCAUGCGAGCCAUACACAUACAAGCCGUCACCCCUAACACGGCCCCCAAACUCGUUGCACGACGGUUACUAGAUCCAAGCCAAGUGGGUCUUUCACCCGCCGAACGGCAGUUCCUCGAUUUAUUCAAGGUGCAUACUUCUAGAAAAUGCACCGGGUCGAUGGUCGAUGACUUCUGGCAGCGACUCGUUCACCAGGUCGCCGAGGAGGAACCUGCUGGCGAUGUUAAGGCCGUGACCUCACACCUACGGUCCGGUUACAGUGUGCUUAUGGAAUGGCAGAGGGUCAAUUUCGACGGGAAUCCCUCGGGGCUGGUCCUAAUGCGCGCGUUCUCAGAUCUACAGCUACACCGAAUUACAUUCUCUCAACCACAGCAUGAUAUAGAAGCCGAAGCGGACGAUUUGCCGCUGUGGCAGGCGAUCACCGUAUGCCGGCCUGUUCAUGAGUAUUCGGGGGUGUCUGAAACUGAUUUCUCCAUUGUUCUUGGAGCGGCUAUCACGGCAAACUAUCCACAGGGAUUCGAACUCCGUAAUAGCGCGGAAAAGACCUUCCUGGAGAGACUAUUAAACUGGAAGAGCGAAUUUCAUGCUUUCAUUUCGACACACAGAGAUACGUUAUCGCCACAAGACCGCGGCCCGUUAAUAAUGAUCGAGCUAUGGACUAUGGUCAGUGAUGUCUUACUUGCUUCUCUCAAGAGGCCCUUGGAUGAGAUGUCUUAUGACUCCUCUUUGCCCCUAUUCCAGCGAAUAAAUGAGUUAGCGGCGCUUUACUUGAGCUUGGAGGAGCAGGUUUCGAUGUUUUCUACUAAAGCUUUGCUUCUCCAAAUCCUUCAUUUCAGUGCCACCAAGUGCCGAGACUGGCAUACGCGCCGGGAGACGUUAUGCUUAGUGCGUAACUCUCGGCGGCGAGAAGGUUUCUGGACAUCUGAUCAUUUCGUCGCUUUAUUAGCAUACGUUUUCAAACAGGAGUCUGUUGGUUUGACGCCUAGUGAUGUGGUUCCUCGCGCAGCUCGUAUCGACUUGUUGCAUCUCAGUCCAUUGGAUCAGAACAAGUUCAAUAUAUGGUAUCAUCGACCUUGCACUCCCGAGGAGGUUGCCAAUGGUGCUGAUAUCCAUGGAAACUGGACAAAAGUAGCGCUAUCAGUUUGA